AUUAUAGCAUCAACGAGCGGAAGAAUCUCGAUUGUUUUUCACUAUAAAUAAGAGACAGAAUUGUCGAGAAUUUAUCAGUUGAAACAUGAAGUUCCUUCUAGCUGUAUUUGUUAUCACAGCAUUCGUUGCUACUACAUUGGCGCAUCAUGGGCCUCCAAUGGGACCACCGCCAAUGGGAGGAUCACCAGGAGGAAAUCACGGCGGACCUCCAUCAAUGGGGGGAAUGGGCGGCAGUGGCAACGAAACCAGUUCCAGCUUCGUUCGUCAAACCCGAGAAGUACCUCAAAUGCCAAAAAUGCCGGAUAUGCCGCAAAUGCCACAAAUGCCUAAAUUUCCAUCUCCGUCAAAAUGAUCACGCCCUUAUGUUAUUAAACCACUAUUAUAUUAUGCACUUUCAGCACAUGAAUAAAGUUUGAGCAAUGA